AACCAAGCUGAGGCUCACUACAAAGGCAGCAAGCACUGCAAGAAGCUUAAAGCUCUGGAGGCCCUGAAGGCCAGACAGAGCACAGGUGCUACCUCUGACCUUGGCAGCCCAUCCACCUCCACAUCUCCCUCCUCGUCCAGUUUCACCCUGGCAUCCACCACCCUUUCAAACAGCUCUGAGCACAAAGGAUGUCACAGUGAAUGCACGAGUUCCACUACCCCAGAGUGCGAAGGAGCACAGCAGGGGGGGCGUGAGCGCAGCCCCGUCCCCCAGCAGCGAAACAGCGCCGUGGACGCCGCCGCGCACGAGGGAGCAGCUGGCGCCGCCGCAUGCCUCGGUGCUGCUCCCGCUUCAGCCAUCAUCGAGUCGGACGAGGAGAAGGCCAAGCGCCUGCUGUACUGCGGCAUCUGCAAGGUGGCCGUCAACUCGCAGUCUCAACUGGACGCUCACAACAAUGGAGCACGGCACAAGGCGACGCUCGAGGGCAAGGAUGUGAGGGCUUCAGGAAGACCUUUUCUGCGCCACAUGGGCCGAAACAAAGCAGCUAAGGCAACCAGCAGCAUGUCGGGCACCCCCACCAAGAACUUCCAGUGCCAGCUCUGCGAUGUAAAGGUCAACUCGGAGGUGCAAUUGCAGCAGCACAUAAAGAGUCGAAAGCAUAAGGACAAGCUGACGGGAAAGGCUUCCAAAUCCAAAUUUUGUCCAUACAACAAAGCUCAGCGUGCAAGUAACAGGAGUUCGUUGCUCGCUAAACUGACUUUCCGCAAAGAGCUGCUGAACUCGCUGGGGUUAAGCUUUCUGCAAUCUCCCCUCUCGGCGGCCGCUGCUGCCUUCCAGGCCACCAAUGUCCACUACACGGCAAAGCUGGACUUCCACGAGGACCUGACCAGGUUACCAUCCGCCAUGACAACAGGUUACCUGCCGUCACCCCUGGCGGCUGCCACUGCUGCGGUUGCCAUGAGAUCACCGCUGACUUUCCACGCGGCGCCCGCCGCUGCCGCCAGCCUCUUCCCAAGCCACGGUUUGGCACAAGCCCUGCUGAGGCCAGCCCCGGGGCCCAUGCGGAAUUCUCACGGGCCAAUAAUUUUCACCCCCUAUUGAUCCUAAUUCAUCUUGACCGAGGUUGGUUCACGCUCUGCUCAUUCCAGCGGACCGCCUUUCCCUUCUUGUUUGAGAAUCCGAGGAUUUGGUUACCUGUACGGCGUCGCAAAUACCACUACGUACAGCAGUGCGACUGGCAUCUUGCUCGCACAGGUCACACCCAAUGACUAUCCCUGACGUUCAGAACACAUGAGAAAAGUGCAACUUGUGGAGAGUGGAACUUUUGAAUUGUAUGCUCCUUUGGUCCCACGACCCUUAAAUCUUACUGGAGAUUAACAUAUCUACAGGCUGCAAUGCAGCAUGGAAGUCUGUCUGGUGUGUGCCAAGUGAUGGUGCGUGGCACAGCGUGUGCAUAUGACUGAUCCGUGGACAGAGGUCACAAGGAGCCAUGAUGAUUUCUCUUGGGUGUGCCUUGCUCAGAUAUGUCUGCUUUUGUCAAUAUGCCAACUGAUCCUGGGACUUCUUAUAGAGCUGCAAAACGAGUGUGUUGUCCAGUCACACAAAACGACUGCUGUUGUGUUUUCUGCUGAAAUAUACUUGUGCAAAAUUUGAAUGUGAUCUGCAUAGCUGUGUUUCGCUGACUGUACCAUUUGCAAGACUGUGGCGAAAAGAUAUCCAUGUUUACAGUUUUUCACAGCUUAUCCUGCAACCUUAUAUGAUGUCUCUGUGAUUCUAUUGUACUGUAUUGUAAAAAACUACUCGAGCUUUCCUGCCAUACCAAAUGACCUAUUACAACGAGUUGUGCUACUAUGGUGUCUGGCAGAUGACGUGCAAGACAAGGUGACAUUGCAUAUCCAUCAAACAUUCUCAUAUUUGCUUCAUGCACCAAGAGCAGGAAAUGACAGUGAACCCAUGGGAAAGUGCAUAUACGCUGCAAAAUACGACAAUGUAUACAGUACUCCAGUGUACCUCAAGGGAAGUUCUAUGCUGAAAAUAUAUUCAUUAAAUUUCUGGAACAUGUUGCUGAAUAUAAAUGUAAUGGAAAUACUGUUUAAAUUCGGCAUUGCAUGAUAUGACAAUAACAGAGGUAUUGUUAAAUCGUCCAGUCAUUGAGAACAAAUUCAUCAAAUUGGCCACUUCCUCGAGCCAUGACGGGAAGAUUAAUGUGUGUAGGGACCCACACAACAAGCGGUGGUGGCUCCUGGUUUGUCUCAGAAUACUCGAUCUGAGCGUAAAACUGCAUUGGCAAAAGCACACUAAGAGAUGUCCAAAAUGACUGCUUCUGAAGUCAUAAAGAAAUGCAAGGUGUUCUGCUAUUCUAUUAAUCUCUUAAUGUUAUUUUACGUUGUUCAUUUGGCUGCUAUGAGUCGCUGCGUGUUGCAUACAUUUGGUAAUGGAGCAGAUGCAUUUCUUGACAGACUUUCACCAUUACUUUUGUCAACAAUAAUAUGUGUAAUAUAGAAUUUCAACAUAAUGUGCAUUUAAUUUGUAUUGGCAAACAAUGGAAUAUUCCAACCAUAUAAAUUAUCAAUUGCAAUGUUAUGUACGUUUGUGUGUUGCGAGCAACGUUAUUGUAUAUUGGGCAUUUUCAUCAUCAAAUCGCACUGGAAUAAGCCGGUGCUUUGCUCAGUCACUGCAAUAAAUAACGUGUCAUUUU